AUGCGUAUAUCAUUUAUCUUCAGUUCGGUCUCGGAAAAUGGCGUCCGCAAAGUUUCUCGAGGAAGCUCUGAAUACGGACGUCGACGAAUCGGCCGUGAACGCGCUCGUGGGCUCUCUAGAGAACCAGUUAGGAACCGCGGCGGUUCCCCACACACAGCCCCAAAACUCGAUUCUACAACAGAACCACGUAAACAGCCCCAUUUCGAACGGCGGCACGACGGUACAGCCACAGGCCCCACAACAACAGCAGCAGAAACAUGGAACGAUGGCCAACGGUGAUUCGAUUAUUACGACUAAUAAUAGUAAUAGUGUUUCAAGUGCGGUCGAUAAACAAAUGAAUAACGCGUUCAUGAACGCUUCGCAGCCUACCGCGAUAACGUCUCCGUAUACCUUACAGCAGCAACAAAUUGAUCAAAAGCCCCCUGAAGGGGUGAAAAUAGUUUAUUCUCAAGGAGGACAAGUGAUGGGGGGUCAACAAGGUCCCGCUGUUAUGCAGCAGAGGCCCCAGGGCCAGAUUCCUAAUGGCACCAUCGGGAUGUCACCACAGACGGUUCUUGGCACACCAAACUCAAACAUUUCACAAGUUCCAGUCCAAAAGCCUCCAACUAUAGUACUAAAAACUAACAAUCCUGGGGGAACCCCAGGACUAGUCACAGUGCCUGUCAAUGCAGUCCAACAAGCAAAUAAUGGCACACAGGGCAUUCAAACGACUCAAAUAGGGGUUAGCUCCCAACAGAUCUUGUCCAACCUGCAAGUGGUGAACGUGCGCCCUCAGGGGGUGCAGGCCAAGGGCCAGGCCGCCAGAGUGGUACUGAGUGCCGCCCCGGGCCUAGUUGGGGCUCGUCCCGGCACUCCUCAGCUAACCUUACAGUCGUUUCAUGGUUUGCAACCCGGUCAACAGGGCGCGCUACUACUUAAAACGGAGAAUGGCCAAUACCAGUUAUUGCGCGUUGGUCCGGCUCCUCCCACCGCCUCCAAUUUGGCAACGUCGCAACCUGGUGCGCAACCGAUGACGUUUCGUAUGCAGACUGUACCAGCGCAAGCAGUAUCAUCAGCUGCAACAAAUGCAGUUCAAGCUGGUAGUGGUACUACCACAGUCAGUUCGACGGCGCCCAUAGUUCAAACAACGCAACCUGCUCAGAGAACAGCCAACGACAAUACCAAAGAAAAAUGCAGAAAAUUUCUAGCAAACUUGCUGGAGUUGAGCAGCAGAGAACCAAAGUCGGUAGAGAGGAAUGUGAGGACGUUGAUCCAGGAAUUAAUCGACAACAAGGUGGAGCCGGAGGAUUUUUGUGAUAAGUUGGAGCGUCUAUUAAAUGCUAGUCCCCAGCCGUGCCUCAUAGGAUUUUUAAAGAAAAGCCUACCGCUUCUCCGACAAUCGUUAGCGAAUAAUGAGCUAACGAUAGACGGGAUCCGACCGCCGCCCUCGAAUAUCGUAUUUUCGGUGACAGGUGCCGCCCCCACGGUUCAAACAGUGAGAGCGGCCGUGCCGCCCACCGGAGCGGGUCCGGGCGUUCAGCAGGUGCGGAUCGUAGGGCCGGGCGGUUCCACUGUGGUCAGGGCUCCCGCCCCUGGAGCAGUUUUGCAGCAGAGGCUUUUGGGGCCGCUUCGGACGCCCGGAGUGCAACAGCAACAGGCUAGAAUGGUAACAACAAUCCGACAACCAGUGCAAACGCAGGCCCAAACGGCCGUUCAGCAGCAACAGUUACAACAACAAUCGAUCUCGAGCACGCAGCCUCCCGCCCUACAUCCGGUAUACGGCGCGGGGACUCCACAACAGCUCCAAGGGGCACCACCUAAUGCCAUAGUGGGGCAGCAUCAGGUUCAACAACGGGUCGCCGCUCCUCCUCGGACUGUGCAAGUGAGACCCGGUGGCCAGACGAGACCGCCCCCACAAAGGGUUGCUACAGCCGCCGGGGGAAAGAGUUUAUCGUCCGCGGCGGCCGGUAAGGGAGCUAUUGCGGUCGCUAACAGGUCGCUUGCGAAAGAAAAAGAGAAGAAAAGUUUUUCGGCCGCCUAUACCGGCGACGAUGAUAUCAACGACGUGGCUGCCAUGGGUGGUGUCAAUUUGGCGGAGGAAACGCAAAAAAUUCUCGGCUCCACCGAAUACGUGGGCACCCAAAUCCGAUCCUGUAAAGAAGAAAUUAUGUGUUCAAUGGGUUCCUUACAGUCCAAAAUAAGACAAGUUAUGUCAAAACAUGGCCUGGAAGACCCUAGCAAUGAUGUGGCCGCAUGUAUAUCGCAUGCGGCGCAAGAGAGGCUGCGCGACCUUGUAGAAAAAUUGGCCGUUAUCACAGAACAUAGGUUAGAAAUAGUUAAAAGUGAUUCUCGAUAUGAGGUCACGAAUGACGUCAAAGGUCAAUUGAAGUUUCUGGAAGAUCUCGAUAAGGCAGAGAGGAAAAAGCACGAGGAAUUGGAAAGGGAGAUGUUACUGCGAGCGGCGAAAAGCCGUUCAAAAACAGAAGAUCCCGAACAAGCCAAAUUAAAAGCUAAAGCAAAAGAAAUGCAAAGGGUGGAAAUGGAGGAACUGAGGCAAAGGGAAGCGAACGCGACGGCAUUGCAGGCGAUAGGUCCUAGGAAAAAGCCUAGAUUGGAUGGGGAAACUACUACAAAUUCACAAGCACCUACCUCAGGCCCAAACAACGCAGUGCGCGGUCAGAUGCCUCUUCGGCAACGCAUCAAAAAGGUCACCAUGCGAGACCUGCAGUUCCUCUUCGAGUCGGAAAAGGAUCUGGCAAAAAGCAAACUGCUGUACAAGGCGUACCUUAAGUGAUACCGAGCUUACGCGUGGUGUGCGAGUACGGGCGCCGUCGCCGUUAGCGUCGUUGUGAUAUUUGUUGCUUGUUGGCGGGGGGGCCGACAGUUCUAAGAGCUGAACAGACCGCUGUUCGAAGUCCUGAGAAUUGGGACGAGGUAAUGGGUAUAUAAUUGCGGUUGCCAAGGUUCGGAAGAUGGGCAAGGGAAUAGAGAAAGAGUUAUUAAAUAAUGAAAGUGACAUAGAAAUUGUGAACGUCUCUAAAAAUAUACAGUUUUAAAGUAAAAUUCUGAUGUUGAUGAAGCAUAGGCCAUAAUCUUGUAUUUGUCUUGUAUCUUCACAUAUUUUUUUAAAUUUUGCAAUAUACUUAUGUAUUAACGGAAUAUUUCUUUUACAGUUGCCAUUACACUGCAAAACCAAAUGUUUAAAAAAAUAUAAGAUCGAAAUUAGAUAAUUCCAAAAAUAAAUUUAUCUUUUAUAUUCUGCACAUUAAAGUUUAUUAUUAAAUUAGUUUAAUUUUUGUUUGGCCUCUGCCUUUCUUGAAAUCUGAUUUGAUUGUUAGCAGUUUGAAGAAGCUGUAAAUAUCUUUUUAAUAAGAAAACUUACCUAUUUGUCUAAUAUACACUAUCGACAAAAGUAGAGAAACUUCUAAAAAUUGGGUUUAAUUUUAAUAUGCCGAGAGUAAUGCAGUUCUAUACAUAACGAAAAUCAAAGAUUUUAUUUAAAGAAACAAAAUACUAUAGGAACAAAAAUAGAGAAACCAUUUUUUUUUACUAAAUAUUUCAACAUAAUACUUAUUUUUUAAACUAAUAAAAUUAAUGUGGGUAGAGUAUUCCUUAUUGACAAUAACCUCGUGACAUCGGUUUGGCAUGGAUUUCAAAAGCUUUAUAAUGGUUUUUUCUCCAAUAGAAUUCCAGAAUUCUUGCUUAACUUUUAUUAGAUCAUUUGUAUUGCUGAUCUGAUAUCUUAUAGGCCGGUCUAGUUCCUCCCAGAGGGAUUCCAUAGGGUUAAGAUCGGGAUUGUGUGCAGGAAAGUUCAUAGCCCUAAUCUUUUCUGAUAAAAACUAUUAUAAGAUCCAUAAUACUCUUAAUAACAUGUAAUAGUCCUAUACCGUACCCAGAAAAGCCACUUCAUAUCACGCAGGAUCCACCACCAUGCCUUACUAUUAGGCGAUGUAUCCACGAUAUUCCAUCAGACCCAAAACCCUAAUCCAGUUAUUGGUCGUCCAAUGCAAAUAUUUUUUCGCAAAGUUGAAUCGGGCCUUCUGUUUCUUCUUACUGAUUAGCAGGUUUUUAACGAAUUUUCUACUAAAUAAUCCUGCUUUCCUUAGACAUUUUUGUUGGUCUUAGAACUGACAUUAUCACUAGGCAAUUCACUUAAAAUUUUAUUUGCGGAUUUGUGUGGACCAUACUGGGCAAUUUUCUUGAUGAUGAAUGAUCAUUUCAAUUUUUUUGGUUGUAUUUCUCGGGCGACCACUUUUUGAAUGCUCUUUAACGAAAUUCGCAAUUUAAAAUUAGAAAUUGUGUUGCUUAUGUCCACUUGUUGUACACCACUCUUGGGUGCAUCAACUAUUUGUGUACGAAAAUCUUCCGCGAGGCAUAUUCACUAAAAAACUACAGAUCUCACGUAAAGGGAAAUAAAUAUUAACAUUGGUUAAUCCUUAUGUGAGUUUCUCUUAUGUCCUAGCUUAAAUAUUUGGAUUCAUACUAUAAAUAAACAACUGAUAAAAGGAAAAUGGAAUGUGAUGGAAAAAAACGCCGUUAAGAGUUGUAAGAGCGACAAUAUUUUUAGGAAAUAGUAAUUUAAAUACCGGUUUUUACAAUAUAAGGAAUUUUAAAAAGUUUCACUACUUUUGUCCGAUAAUGCAUAUAACUUUCUAGCAUUUUACUGAUUACUAGUUAUUAUUUCACCAUAUUUUCGAAAUGCUCCAGGACAAAAAUAAAAGUUGGGGUCAGAAUUCCCUCUAAUACAAAAAGUCCACAUAAAUAGCUUAUCUCUUUUGAGUUAUGAAGCCUUUAUGAUUUCAAGAAGAAAAAAGUUAGUCCAUUACGCCAAAGUAUGCUCUUUUCGCAGUCUGUUUAACUGGGAUAUGGCCAAAGCCACCCCUAUGACACCUUGUUACAUAAUUCUGGAAUCAAUUCGAAGUAAUUCAAGAACUUUGUGGAACAGGUGUAUCUAUAAUUUGGGUCUAUUAAUAUUACUUCCCUAAAAUGCUUUUUUUUUUUUAAUUUUGGAAGGAGUCAGAUUAAAUACUGGUAUAUAGUUAUAUAUCUGUACCCCAGAGCCACACUAUGCCAAGUCCAAAAACCUAAUUUUGCAGGAGGCGCAUUUGAAGUUUUUAAAUGAUGUAUUAAUAUUAUAACUACUUUGUUUAUUAGGGAAUUUUUGUGAAUUUGGUGUAAUCGUAUUCUUUAAUAGUGUACUUUAUAAGAACCUAAAGCUUUUGAAAAUUAGUAGUUAAUUUUUCUCAAAAAUGGACCUCCAAUAAAUAAAUAUUAUAACUGGACUUGAAAUAUUUUAAAAUAUUAAUGUUGUUUUAUAUUUUUACCUUGAUACUAAAAAAUAAGUCACUAGAGUCAAACCGUUUAUUUUUCCACCUUAAAAAUAAAAUAAAAAACACACUUAAAACAGUUUUUGGUGAGUAUUCGCAAUAGCUGAGUAUUAACAAUAAGAAUAGAAAAGUAGUGUGUAUUUAUGAACAUAGGAAUAACGAUUUUUUUAAAAUUAUUGGCACUUAUUUUAAUAGAACAAUAGUAGCUUUAAGAGGUACAUUGUUUCAAAAUUACUUUGGCAACUUUAUAGGAACUACAUAAAAUCAGCAUACAUACGUACUACAACUGAAACCAAAAAUUUAAUCUUCUGAUUCGUUCGAACCAUGUUGUAAAUUUUUAUAAAAAUCGUGAAAUCUGGUAGGUACCCAUUGAAGCAGUUUCUGGAGGUGAGUGUAUUUUUUGGUCGAUAUUGGCUUGGAUCCAGUUCUUAUUGCUGAAAUACCUCCUGCAUCUGCAAUGGUAUUUAACCGUCUGGUUUUUCUGUUUAAAUCAACGUUCAAGAAAUUUUCUUCGUCAAAAUUGGUUUUGUAAAAUAGUACACCAGGGCUAUCUCUUCGAACCUGUAAUUGGACUGAAUUUGAAAUAAAAAAAUCCAUUCCAUUUUCAGAUUUUUAGUUUGCAACAUAAGGAGCUGCCCUGCCCUCAUAAAAUUGUUUAAAAUUUUUAAAAUCGACUACUUCCAUGUUAACAACAUUUAACUUUUUCUUCAAGCCGCACAAGCGAACCAUUUGCUGCCAGUCCCAGGGAGUCAUUAUUUCAAACUGUGUUUUUUUUCUCUCUCUUUCAAUCAACGCAUGGUCUCCAUCUGCUUCGAGAUGGGUGUGACCUCUUGCAAGAUAUUUGUGGUUAAUUAUUUUAAUAUUGGGCUUGAGAUGUAGUAUCCAAAAAUAGGUCAUAACCAUGAUUAAGUUACGAUUCUGACUAGGGCAAUUAUCAGACCAUAUUGUGACUUCUUGGGUCUGGUCAGUUAUAUUUUCGAUAGCUCAUUGCCACCUCUUCCGGAUAUACUUUCGUCCCACAUUAGACAAAAUGCAUUUUCAGCAGCUGAGUCAUGAAUUAUUAAAUUGUACGUCCCUAACUUUAACGAGUAAAAACUUUGGCUAUUAUGUAGGUCCGGAGUUGGAAGGCACUUUUGGAGAUCGAUCAUCACAACCUUUUCAGUAUUAUUUUCCCUAGCUCUUAUUUUAUCAGUCUUCUUAAGGCUAUAUCUAUUGCCAGAAUCUUUUAAAUGGUCUUUAUAUUUGGUUUGAAUUAUUUGCCUUUGUUCUGCACUUGCCUCUUGCAGUUGUAAUUUAAAUCUGUCGCAAAUAUCACAUGUGUCAGGACUCUUAAAAGCAUAAUUAAAUUCAUAGUUAAAUAUUUCGGCGUAAAGCCAUUCUUUUGCUAUAUUAUCUAUUUUCAGAUUUUUGCAGUCUUGGUAAAGAGCAUACAUUCGUGAUAUAUUUAGGUGAUUGCCCAAGUAUUGUUUUUUCUCGACUAUAAUGUGACUCAUGAACAGGAAAUUUCGAGAUAUGAUCUCUUACACUAUUUCGCUUCCGGUAUUUUGUUUACGGGGGUGUGCUUACCCCUUUUGUCUGGUGUGAGUAUUCCGCCUUCUUUAUUUUUUGCAGACAACUACUUUUGAACCGUUCACUUCAAAAUGAUAUUUGUUCAUGUGCUUUCUUUGACCGCUUCUCUGUCCUGUCCUUUCCCGCACUCUUUGUAUUGGUACUUGUUCAACAUGCGACGCAAUGAACUGUCUUCUGGUUUCAAAAUUCCUUUUAGAAUUCCAAAACUCGGUAUGGAUAUUCUGUCUUUUUUGUUCAGAAAUUUUUGUCUUGCAUUUCAGCUUACAACUAUAACUGCAUGAAAGUUUUAUUGCCUUCCCCUUAACAAGUCUGUUGCUUUCUGUAACAUAUUCAAGUCCAGCAUGCUUUGCAGUUUUCUUUGUAUUUUUCUUCCACAGCUCGGGGUUACUACGCCUCUUUCUUCCCUUUCGUCGAUUGCCCGCUUCCUCCCCACUAGAAUCAGAUUUACUUUCAGACUCAUCAUUUUCAUUCACUGCCCUCUCGUAUAUGGGAUCAGCUACAUCAUCAUCACUGUCAAAAUCCAUUAAGGUUUGGUCGUUUUCGGAAAUGUCGCGUGAAGAUCCUUGGAAGGGAUGGUCAGCAGUAAUAUGUGAGUUUUCUCCUAAUGUAGACAAAACCUCAUUAGGAUCAUUUUUUGAAGUAUGAUUAUUUAUUUCUUUUCUAUUGCCAAUACCAUCAUUUAAAAUUUCCUCGGAUACGUCUGGGGAUUCACAAAAAAUUUGUCGAACAGUUGUAGAAGGCAACUUUUUAGAAACUUGACGAAUUGGCGAAAGUUCCUCAGACAUCAAUCUUAUAGAAGUUUGAACGGGGUUGGAACAAAAAUUAUUCUCGGGAAGAUGGAUUGAUUUUCACUCGUUGAAUGAUUGAAUGAGUUUAACGUAGUUCCUAGAUCUUGGCUAUUUUGGUUGUCCAAAGCUAAAACUAAAAGGAAUUAUUGAAGAUAUUUUAGAAAUGAUUUCUCCAUUUUGUAUAACUAAUACCAUCGUUUAAAGUUAUCUCGGAUUCUUCUGAGGAUUAAAAAAAAAAAUUGAAUUUUUUUAGAAAGCAACUUUUCAGGUACUUGACGCAUUGUGGGAAUCUCUUCAAUCAGGCGUCAAUGUCAUAGAAGGUUCAACAGGAUUGAAACGAAAAUGAUCCCCAGAGGUUUUUUGAUUUUUACUAGCUGAUUUAAAAAACGUAGUUUAUGGCUAUUUGGGGGUUCUAAUGCUAAAACAAAAAGGAAUCAUUGUAAAUAUGUUAAAAAUGGUAUAAUUGUGGAACGAUAACUCGUAUAAAUGACUAUCAAUACGUCUAUUUAUAAUUUUAAUUUGCUAACAAUUUUUAUUCAAGAAAACAAAAUACAUAAAAUUCCUUAACUUAAAAAAUGCCAAGUCGCUUCUUUAGGUAGUAUUUAAAUAUGCUAAGUCCACCCUAACGUAUUAAAAUGAUAAGAAUAUACCCCUAAUAAAGAAAAAAAAUUAAAAACUGGAGUUCUAAAAUACUACUAAAGGAAUAUAGUUACUUACUGUUUUCUCUUUCCAGUUAUUGGGUAUUUUUUGCACUUGUAAAUUCACUAAACUUUUCCUUAUUACCAUCUAACAGUUCAAAGAUUUUUUUGUUCUCUCCGACAUUUUAUAACAUUUAUAUUUUUACAAAAUUUGCGUUUGUUAUAAGGCACCUUAACCGGCUGUAACGAGUGAUCACACCAAACUAUAAUAAUAUUAUUUGUGGUUAUGAAAGCCGGUUAUUUGACGGACUCGCGGACUUGUCAUAUGCGCAGCUGUAAUCAAAUUUAAGGCAAACUAAGCUUACUGGACUUGGCUUAUAUAUGCUCUUGAUAAAUGAUGGACUUGACAUUAUUCUUCCUAGGCUAGGCUACUAUCUUUUGAACUAGCGUAUAUAUUGAAGCGGAAAUAUUUGCAAUGUAUUUGGGACCGCAAUAUAGUGACAUGGCAUAUUUAACUCAUUGUUGCCAAUUUUGGACUUGGCAUAGUUUGGCUCUGGGGUACAGAUAUAUUACUAAUAUUGGCACAUUUAAGUUUUUAGUUAAAUAAUAAAUAGGAUUAUAGAUGAGAGAGAAGAAACUGUUUAAUUCUAAACACACAUGGUGAUAAUGCAUCAGAUUGCGGAACCUUCAGAUCAAGUUUUAAAAUGAUCUUUUUUUGCUUUUUUGCGUUAGCAAAAAAACUGUGGUUUUACAAUUUUAAAAAAUAUCAAAGUUUUCGUUUCUUCUUUGAUGGUAUAUUCGACCUUUUCAUUUAAUAUUUUAAAAACUCCUUGCAGCCUUAAUGUUUUUUUCAAUGGUUAGUGUUCUACAAGGAAAUCUUGGACGAAAAUGUGUAAUUUGAUCUUUUUUGUGGAAAAUUAAGGUAACGAGAUUCUCUACAAUUCCAAAGUCAAAGUUACAUGGUCCCAAAGUUAUAAAAGAGUUAACAUUACAAAAUAUGAUAUACCAAAAAGCUCUUUCACCAACCAUCCAAAUUCACCACAAAUGAGUAAUUUAAAUGUUAUAAGAAAAAAUACUACCAAAAACAAAUUAUUUUGAGGACUUUGACAUCCUUAAGUUUAUUCCCAAUAUUUCUAGAGCUUGAUACUUUACUAAGAUAAAUUAGCAUCAUUCACUUACAUUAUCUUGUUAAAAUUUUUUUAUGUCUCUAAAUUUGUCGACAAAUUUCUUUUGUUUUCUCAUUUAGCUAAUAAUGACGGAUAAUAUUGUCCAGUAAAUCUUCUGUCCCUUUUCUAAGUCACCAAUGAAGAUAAUUACAAGUCUUUUUGUAUUCUCUGGAGCCCGAAAGUUCUGACUUCUGUUUCGUUUCGAUAGUGCAAUGGUCUAUUUAUGCUUCUAAGUAAAUAAAUCUGCAAAGAAAAAGUUCUGGGUUUCAAACGCAUACAGUCCCAGUAAGUCGUAGAAUAGACCACACGGUUGCGUUUGUUUUUAGCAGAGAGAACACGCGGCACCCAUCACGCGGAUAUUUUUUCCAUUCCCAAUGUAACACUUUAGUGAGGGUACCUUUUUAAGCUCCCUGUAGCCUCAACUAUUUCGCGCGAUUUUAACCUUCGUUCACUUAAUACCAAUCGUGCAUUUUUUAAUGUAAAUAGACAACUUUUGGGGCAUCUACUUCUACCGGACAUCCUGAACGAUGUUCAUCUGCUGUUGAUGUACAACCACGUUUACAUUAUUCAGUUACCGAUUUAUAAACUGUUACAAUACAGUGCUCGAUAUACGAUGAACUGCGAAUACAACUUUGAAAUACUACUUAUAAACUGAAAUAAGACUUUUUCAGAUACUUUCAAUAUCCCUGUAUAAAUGACCCCUAAAAACCCUUAUUUUAGUUUGAUAUCCAUAAUAAAGAUUGAAAAAACCUGUUCUCAUUUGAUCUCUUCAAACAAAAAUAUGUGAAGUAAUUGACGUUAAGAUUUAAUUAAGUUUUUCAGACAAAAGUAGAUAUGAUGGGGAAAUAAAUGCAAAAAUUUAUCAUAAAUUUUAAAAUAAAAUGAAAAAGUUACACAUUGUUCCUCAAAUUGUCAAUUUACAGAUUGGUCUAACCCAAUGGCUCUGCUAAAAAAAAGGGCAACAAAAGAAUCUUUCUUCUCCACUGAAUAAAAAAGAUUUAAAAAACAUUUACAGAUUUAGGCUUAUUUAUUUGAAAUAGAUACAUAAUAUUAUUAAUAAAAACAAUUUCUAUGUCCAACUUAAUCUACCAAUUAAACUCAUUCCUUUGUCGAACUUGGUACUGCAUAGAAGAAUUCCAAUUGGUGCUCUUCUCCAAAAAAAUAUGGUACAGAACGUUAGGUUAUGAAAAGUAGGAGAAAUCUAGACAUAAUUGGUGAGUGAAAGGAUUAUUGUUAUGAAAAUUUGAUGAACUAUUUGCCUUAUGUACUAUUCUUAUAUAUUUCAAUUGUAGUGUCCAGUUAAUUUGAGUCGAGUAAAAAUUAGAUAUUCUUUUUGUUUGUUGUGAUAACUUCUUAAUUAAGCUUUUCACAUAAUAUAAAAUAUGGAUCCAAACAAUAACUGAUAUUAAAUUUAGGGUUACCUAUUAAAACUGAACUUAACGGUCAAUAAGUAAAAUAACUUGAUAUAAUAAAUAUGACUGCGUAUUUUGCACAAAAUGUGAAAACCCCUGCUUGUUUUUUUGAGGAAAAAAUCAAAAUAAUAUUUUUGUUACGCAAGUUAGUACUUUUGUACAGGUGGUGUAAAUAGACAGGUUGUUAAAUAAAGUAGGAAAUUUUUUGUAUUUAUUAAUGGUGUUAAAUUUUACAAUAAGGCAGAUAAGUUAUGAAAAAAAUAUUCUGACUUUUAGUUUGUGGUAUUAUAUUAUGGUCUUGAAAUGAAUAAAUUUUGCAAUAAAGUCGAUGAUAGGGUUGCUACGAAAAUUUAAAACAAUCGCUAUAUUAGACAAAUCUAAGUAUCUGGUAAAGGUCAUAACAGAAACAAUUAGUAAAAAAGUAAUUGUCAUAUCUGGUAUUUAAUUAUGGAACGUAUUUGUUUUAAAUAUUAAAAUUUUAUUAUUUGUUUUAUUUUCUUAGGAAGAUCAAAAUUAAUGAAAGUAAAAGAAAGAAGAAAUAUGACAGUUCCAUGAUUGAUCUUUUAGAGAUGACAUUGAAAAUAUAUUUUGUUAUUAGACUAGAAAGUACUAUAGAAAGUUACAAAAAAAAAUUUAAUGCAUUGAACCGGUGUUCAGACGCGUAGGCACAUUGCGGGUAUAAAAAAGGUUUAUUUCAUAAGAAAAAAAGAGACUUAACUAGGUUUAAAAAUAUACACACUAGGGAGUUAUCAUUAAUUUAUAUAAAUGAUUUAAACUUUAUUUUACCUCAAACAUUUUUUUUUUAAUAGAAAUUAAUGUGGUUAGUUUUUCCCUUUACCGGACGCAACUUCCCCCGUUUUCAGAUAGUUUUUCAUGUUUAUUAUGUUGAUCUGAAAUAGGCUUACAAAUUUUGAUUUUUAUCUUUUAAAAAAAAAACUUGAGGUUUAGUAAAAAAUGAUUUGGCUCUACCAAAAGUUAUUUAUUAUUUGUAUAUUUUUCAAUACAGAUAAAAUUAUUUUAAAACAUAAGACGUAUAUAAAAAAAUAAUAAUUUUACAUUCAAAAUAAAAGAAAUGUGACAGACUUGCAAAAUUGUAAAACUGCAAGUUUUGACAAGUGCAAAAUUUGAAAAACUUGUAAGUUAAAAGACUAGGAAAAUUAUUUGGUACACAAAUGAUAUCAGUAGUCUUUUUGGGCAGCGUCCUCAUACGCAAUGUCAAGAAAUUCGGUACAUUUCAAAUGAUACUAUCGGGUGCAUUAAUCACACCCAAUAUUUUAGCGUCGUCUUCCUAAAAUCUCUCUGCAUAAGAAGCAAAAAAUUGAUUUGUGUGAGAUUAAUCCUUUACUAGUUGGUGUUUCAUUAUUUGUUUUCUUUAAAUUCUCUUAUUUUUUUAAACUGGCCUCUUUUCUAUUUAUCAUUUUUAUCUUUAUAAUAUUUUCUUCAUGUCUCAGAGAAUAUGGUACUUGGAAGGGUUGCUUUUUGGAUAGGUAUGUUUAUCAAGGCACUUAUUUCUGAAGUAGGAAGUUUCUUCAAGUUUGACGAAUUAUUAUUGCCAGUAAUUUCAACGAUUCUUUAUGGCUUUCAGAGGUAUUGUUUAUGUUGGUGUCUUUUUUUUUUUUUUUAGAAAUUCAACAAUUUUCUUGUUUUUAUUUAUGAUAGUCCCUUUAUUGCUGAUAUAGGACUACUGAUUAUAAAACGGACUUCAUUGGUGUCUUUAUUAGAAUUUUCAAUAGUUAGUAAUAUCCGUGAUACUAUCUUUAUUGGUAUUAUUGAUGUUCUUAUUGGGACUUUUAGGAUUUCGUCGAUAUAUCGAUAUAUGGAUAUAUAUCAAUAUACAGGGUCUUUCACAACUAUGGAAUCAAACUUCUAGGGAUUUAUCAGUGCAAACAAUUUGAAUAUAGCGACCCAUUCCCGGAAAAGUGUCACUAUGGCACUACGACUCUAAGACGCGUUAAAAUUUAGAAAAACGAUGAAUUGCAUAAUAGGAUUUAAUUCCUUUAAUGUUUGCCUUUUGUACAUGAUAUUACAACAAUUGUUCAAAAUUUUUACCUUUAAGCUUACCUUUAACCUGAAUUCACUGAUUUAAACAACCCAUAUUAUUUCGGCAAACUUAGCUAAAAAUUUGAUAGUCUUCAUGAAUGAUUUCAAAUGCUGCUAUAAUUCGUCCAAAUAGGUCUUGUUCUAUUUCUGGAGUUUUGUAGACCAAAGAGUUUACAUGUCCCCACAGAAAAAAAUCUAGCGACAUUAAAUCGGAUGACCUAGGAAGCCAAGAAACUAGCUCCACGUCUGCUAAUCCAACGAUGCCCAAACCAAAUCCUGAGCCAAAAUCUCACGUCAGCCGGCGCUUCAUCAUGCUGAAACCACAUUUGCUGUCGAACAUUUAUUGGAACAUUUUCAAUAAGUUCUGAAAGAAGUUCCAAGAAACGCCGAUAAACAGGUCCUGUUAACCGUUCCGGUAGAAGGUAUGGCCCAAUAAAAUAAUCAUCAACAAUGCCUGCCCAUAAGCCACAGCGUAAAAAAAUUGGUUGUGCAACGAUUUAAUGAAGAAGACAUUGACAAAAUUAAACUCUAAGAUAGAUGAUAAUCGGCUGCAGUCAAUCCUUGAACUUUCUGGAAGUGGUAAGGAUAAAGUUGUUGGUCGAUAUGGAAUGCAGCUACAAAAAACAAUCUGUGUUAUCUUUUUAAAGAUAACAACACACAAGCGCCGGGAAAUUGUUUAAAAUCAUCAGACAUUGACAUUCACAUUUUGAACAUUGUGAUGAUAUCAUGUACAAAAAUUAAAUGCAUUAAAUUCUAUUUAGACGUACUGAGACUUUUCCAGACAUGGGUUUUUUCUCACUAGCGGCAAAGCAGAUUAAAACCGUUAAAUUUUAUUUUUCGCUGCCGUUUUUAAUUUAAUAGAAGUUCUUCGAUCCCUUGGGCCCCAAAAUUUUACCGGAUUUUGGAAAAAGACAGAAUUCCGAUUCAUCUGUAUUGAAAAUCCUAUUCUCAUUUAACAUAAUAUCCAGAAGAUUAUUGACUUCUUGGUAAUAUCUUUGCUUUCGAAGCCAUAACCUAAUGCUUUCUUCAGUCACAACUGCUCGUGCUUUCAAACUUUCAAUCUGAAGAUAUUUCUGGGUGCCUUUUCAGAAAAUUCUGAUACCAUUUCUCAGCCGGUCUUCCAUUUUUCAAUAGGUGUUCUAUUUUUGCAUCUUUUAAUAUUUUUGUUUCUAAUUAAUCUAAGGUAAUUUUUUUAUAUAGGGGCUCCACUUUUGGCAUGAGCCAUUUGACAUUUUCUGCUCUGUAAAUUUUCCUUGAACCUUGUUGUGGAGAGUGCUUUUGAAAUACUGUACAAUACAGCAGCUGCUCUUACACAGACAUUAUCUUCCUUUACAGCAAUUAUUAGGUAUAGAUUGCCCAGCAGCAUCUCGGUAAUAUUUAAAUAAAUUUCUUUUUUGACCUUUAUAUUUUUUAUUCCGGCAAAGAAUCAAGCUUUGCACGCCAGUUCAUGUUUCUUGGUUUCUCUAAGAGACCAAACGAAAACAAAAACAAAGGUAAGGACACAAAGUCACGGUCUCAUCCAAUCUAUAUAAUUUCUUUAAAAAAGCUUAAAAGCUACACGUGUUUCACUCCUGUCGGGAGUUGAUUACAACAGGAGUUGUAAUGUGAUCUGUGUAGGUCUAGGCCUGAUGAUGCUCCGACAGGAGCGAAACACGUGUAGCUUUUAAGCUUUUUUAAAGAAAUUAUAUAGAUUGGAUGAGACCGUGACUUUGUGUCCUUACCUUUGUUUUUAUUAUUAUUAUUAUUAUUAUUAUUAUUAAAACAAAUUUACUGGUUUUCGGACGCUCCGAAAAGAAAUUUUACCGGUUAGCCAGACAGCAAAUUUUUAAUUGAAAAUGGGAAAAAAGUUAAGCUUUUAGGAUCUUUUACUUUUUUUUAGUAUGCAAUGAAGCUAAAAUAAUAGACAAAUUCUUAUUCUACAUCAAUACUCACUAAAUUGUAAGCAGUAGACCACUUUAAUUUAAACUAAAAACAUUCAAAAAAAGGUGCAACGUAAAGGGUUGAUAAUCAACUAGUUCUGUCAAGUUUGUUGUCUGCCGCCAGGUGGCGCUGACUUUUAAUAUAGGAAGAGUUACUGGGGCAAACCUCGUUACAAGCUAUUUGACUAUUUUCGAUCCCGAUUUUCUUGAUUUUGAUUUUUUACGACGACGGUUUUUAAUCAAAAUGUCCGAAAAUUGGUACUGUCCGGCUAAAAGGCUCAUUCACCCUAUGUGCAUAACAUGUUAUAUAAGCUACAGAUUUACUUAAACCCAAAAUCAACAUUAAAUUACUUAGAAUAUUAAAUAUUUCUGCAAUCAAACUUACAAACUGUUUAGAUUCUUAUAAUUUUUUCUUUCCAAGGACUAGCCAAACACACAAACACAGCCUUGGAAAAAAAUUAUUUUUAUUAAUAGACGUUUAAAAAUGCCACAUUGAUCAAAAAACUUAAAAAUAUAAAUUCGAGGCUGCACGUUGCCGAAUAGAAUAGUUUUUGGCGAUCUGAUAUUCGUUCGGCCGCUUUGGACUUCCCCGGUCCUCGUAUUGAUUUUGCGACGGUACCGCUACUUUUAAUUUUUGAGUCCUUUCACUUACCGAAAUUCUAGCAUCCUAAAAUAUAUUAAAGUCAUAUAUUACGCUCUUCACAUGGUGAAAUUUUUUUAACACAUAUUUAAAAAAAUUUUAUUGGGAGGUCUCUUAAAAUAUCUUGUUAGCCUCUUUGGUCAAAUAAACAUAAUGUUUUAAAGAAUAAAAUUAUUCCUCAUGGACACAUAAACACAAAUUUCAACAUUUAACUUCCUGUUUCCACUUUUUUUGUCUGGACCUGAGCCUGGAUAUAGUAAGGAAGGCCUGUCGACAGUAGUACCUCUAAUACUGUUUUCAAUUUCAUGAAUUUUUAAUAAAAAAUAAUUUAAAGAAAUGUUCUUAUGAAACCUACAAAAUUUUAGAAAUGAUUUGUACUGCUCCAAUGCAACUUGUGAGCUUGAAAGAUAUUUUUUAAACCAGAGGAACCUUGAAGAAUAUCCUGUUCUUCAAAGCCAUGUUUUCUAAAAUCUUAAAAGUUGCUUAAAAUUCAGGAUAAUAGAUUUCUUAUUGUGGAUAAUAGAUUCUAUAUGUGGUCCGUUCUAAAUGAAAAGAGUUUUAUAUUACAGGUGUGGAAAGUAAGUCGGUAUAUUUUCAGAUAGUUUUCUUUCUUGGUAAAGGCUUUCUGGAUAACCCAUAUUUUUAUUCUGAAUCUACAACAGCAUCUCAAGUUGUCCCAUAUCUUGCUUUAAUUUGUAAUGUGUGAAAAAGUUACAAACGAUAUAAUUAAUUUUUCUUCAUGUAGGAUAAAUCUCGUUCAUCGUUCAAACUAUGUAUUUAAAGGUAAUUGAAAUAUUAAUCAUUUGUCACUAUUUUUUUGUUAAAAUUCUUAGACAACCCCACAAUAAUUAAAAAGUUUUCUAUAUGAUGUUACUUUUACAAUUGGUUUCUAAGCAAUUAUUUUAUGUAACCCUAUCAGACGACCAAAUAAUCGAUUUUUUUAAUUGUCCUGCCAAUUUAUUGAUCUCUAGGUACGAAAUAUGUUACACAACAUUUCUCAAUAAUAAUAAGAUGCAUAGUUCUCGACCAUAUUGCUUUUUUAGGACAAAAAGAAACUUGUAAAUAUUAUUAUGCUGAAAAAUCAAGUGUUUUCUUUUUUUAACGCAAGGUGUAAAUAUUCGUCGAAUUUUCUAUAUUUUGAAGAGUCAUUUUCUUUAUAAGAAAAUGUUUUUAUAGAUAUGGAUAUAUGUUAAUAUUAUGAAGGUAAAAAAUCAUGAUGUAACGUGCAUGCGAGGUUAAGUUUGUUGGUAGUGUAAUUUUGUUUGUCGAGUGCCCUCAGGUGUUUCUCAUUCUUUUUUGUAUAUUAUUAAUUAACUUAAUUUUUUAAUGCGGGUUUAUUGAAUCAUUUUAUAUAAUUGUAUUAAACGCUUUUUUAUUUAUAUCAUAUUAUUGCACAAAAAGUUGGUUAUUUACAUUUUCAAACAAACGAGUCCCUCUCUGCACGUUAUUAAGAAAAAAACGUGUAAAAAGAUAUUUUGUAAGUAGAUGUAAAGUUUUGUUUUGUAAUAUGUACGAUAGACGAUAACUAUAUAUAGUUUUUUGUUAUAGAUUUAAUAUUUAAUAUAAUAAAAUACCCUUGAAAAUUA